AUGACACCUCAGAUUAAGCUGAGCACUGCGAGGUGCAUUUUUGGCCUUCCCGUGCCAAAUGGGGAGGAGAGGUGGGAUGCCCUUUUGGAAUCCAGUUGGAACGUGGCUUGCGAGAAGGGCCUCUCUCGAUACUCCCUUAAAAAUGUUCCGUUUCGAGUCAUUCCUGGAAAAUAUGGAUUCCUCGCCAAGUUGGUGUGCGAAAGGCGAAUACGGCGGGAGCCUCUGGCCUUCCAGGGCCUCCAGGAGCCCUUCGACCCCGAUGCAUUUCAUUUCGGGAGAGUGAAGGAGGAGAUCCUCCUCGAUAUCGUUGAUGGGGACAGUGAGGAUCCCACCGAGGAGGAGCACGGGCUGUUGCUCAACGUCAGCCCCUUCGAGGUGACCAGCAGUCUGUUGGUGCCCUUCGCCCACGACGGCAGGCCCCAGGUCCUGGCCCCGGACGCCCUCCGCCUCGCUCUGCUCUUCGUCCUCAAUUCCUCUUCGCCGGACCUUCGAAUCGGGUUCAACUGUCCUUUGGCGGGGGCGACGGUGAACCAUCUGCAUUUCCAUGCCUAUUACCUCAGACAUAGGCUCUACAUCGAAGGCGCUGAAUCGGUGAACUUGAAGGGUCCAGUGUGGACACUAAAGGAUUACCCGGUCAAAUCAUUCCUGUUUUACGUUGAAGGGAACGACGACCUUUCCCCAACCGUCGAGUGA